AUGGAUGCGCCAGGAUCCGGCAAGGAGGAGACAGAAAUGGACGUUCUGACUGAGGAGGCAAUUAAGGUUGAGUGCAGUCACGAAGGUCAGCCGCUGAAGUCACCUGAUGGCGAUGCAGCGCGCACGAAUCGCUGGCAUUUGGUGGGUGUUCAUGUGAAGAUAGCAUUGCUCAGCGUCUGCUGGCUGUUCUUCGUGUGGAUGCUGCUGCGGAAUGGGGAGAAGAAGGUGGUGCAAUUUGUCGGAGUGUCCGUGCCACCGGGUGGCAGAGAGUUGCAAAUUCCGCCCCGGCCAUUCGUCCUGCUGCUCAAUGGACCCUUUCGGCAGUCCCAAGACGUGGCCAGCGGGGAGGGAGAUUAUCUGUUUGUGUCUGCUGCUGGGCGGAAUGCGAGUGAUGAUGUUUGGCGGGUGGCGAUUGUGGGUGAUCAGGAGGAGUCGCCGUGGCUGAGCCUGAGGCACGGCUUUCCGGAAGGUGGUGCACUUCGCCUGUGGACGAGUAUGUCGAGGGAUGUCUUCAUUCGACUGGGUGUUGAUGUGGCAGCAUUUGAUGAGGUCUGCGGAGUAAUUUACGCCACAAUGAUUCUCAUUGCUCUCUACGUUCUGAUUAUCUUUGACAUUGUUCAUCGCACUUUUGCCGCCAUUCUCAUGUCAACACUGGCAAUUGGCGUGCUGGCGAUGCUCGGCGAUCGGCCCACGAUGGAGGAGAUCGUGAGCUGGAUCGACUAUGAGACACUCAUGCUGCUCUUCAGCAUGAUGACGUUCGUCUCCGUGAUGAGCGGCACGGGCAUUUUUGACUACUUCGCCGUGAGAGUGUUCCGAUUGACGCGCGGCCGAAUCUGGGCGCUGAUCCACGGACUGUGUCUCUGCACACUCGCGGUGUCGGCGUUCCUCGACAAUGUCACAACAAUCCUCCUCAUGACGCCCGUUACGAUGCGAUUGUGCGAGGUAAUGCGGCUGAAAGCGGCGCCAGUGCUCAUGGCGAUUGUCAUUCACGCGAAUAUUGGCGGAACGGUGACGCCCGUGGGCGAUCCGCCGAACGUGAUAAUCACCUCGAAUCACUUUAUCGCCACCAGUGGAGUGACAUUCCUCACGUUCACAUGGCACAUGGCGACAGGGGUGAUUUUUGUCGUAGUGCAGACGCUGCUGCAGCUCCGGCUGCUGCUUUUUCGGGAUGUCAAUGCAUGGCGCGCUGUGGUGCCGGAGGACAUUGAAAAAGUGCAGCAAGAAGUGGCGAUGGCAUCAGCCAGCCAGCGACCGCAGCUUCGGCAGAGGGUGAAAAAGCUGUCGAGAUGGGGCAUCGUCGAUAGAGAUGAAUACAUGAGGACAGUGCAGGAGCUGGAGUCACUCUAUUCAAUUAGGAAUAAGCCACUGCUCAUAAAGUCCACCAUUUGUCUCGCAUUCAUCAUCAUUCUCUUCUUCGUGCAAUCCAUUCCGACUCUUCACAGCAUUUCCGUAGCAUGGGUGGCGCUGCUGGGGAUGCUGUUGCUCCUCAUCCUCCACAAUCACUCCAACAUGGAGGAGCUCCUGGCGUCGGUGGAGUGGGCCACGCUCCUCUUCUUCGCCGCCAUGUUCAUCCUCAUUGAGUGCCUGAAUCGUCUUGGGCUGAUCAGAUGGAUUGGUAGAAUCACAGAGCAGCUCAUCCUGGCCGUUCCGCUGCAAUAUCAGCUCGCCAUGGCCAUCGUCAUCAUCCUCUGGGUCUCAGCGCUCGUGUCCGCCUUCGUGGACAGCAUUCCGGUGACCACGAUGAUGGUGCGCAUUGUGGUGGGUUUGGCGCAGAACGCCAAGCUGCAAUUGCCGCUGCAGCCGCUCGUCUGGGCGCUGGCCUUCGGACCCUGUCUAGGUGGCAAUGGCACCUUGUUCGGUGCAUCUGCAAAUGUCGUGUGCGCAGCUUUGGCGCAGCAAAGAGGCCACGUGAUCACAUUUCGGGACUUCUUCAUAUUUGGAUUCCCUCUAAUGCUAGGCAGUGUCGUGAUUACCACAGCAUAUUUGCUAUUGGCUCACGUGGUGUUUUCUUGGCACUAAAUCAGCGAAGAUUCGUGAAGAAUGAUAUUGAAAAACAGGAAUUUUUUAGUACUUAAGAAAUGAAAGAGGUUAAAAUAUAUGUCAUGUGUUUAUUACACACAGAGAUUGUGUGACAAAGUACAAAACUAACAUAAGAGUCGUUGCAACAUUAAUUUCAUAACAUUUUAAAUAAGCUGUCAAAGUUAUAAAUUGCGUUGCAAGAUUGCGAUUCAUCAUAUUUACCAAAAUUAGGAAUUUAUCUUCCAAAAAAUAGGGAAAAUCACGUGAAAACUGAUCAUUUGUAAAGAUUUCAAUGCACUAGAUUGAGGUUAUGUGUUUCCGGACGUUGUUUAACAUUUUCCAUGGAACCUGAUUUGUUUCCCAAAGGAUUUAGAAGCAUAAUAUUUGAUUAUAUUUACACGUACAAAAUGUCGCUAUGCUAAAAUGUCAGAGAAAAAAGACAUCUUUCUUCUUGCCAGCAGAAUCCUUCAAGCAACCCAUCGGAAAGAGACUCUUUGAACGAAUAGUCGAGAAUAAAGAUAUAUUGUCAAUGUGAUCUACUAUUUCGCUAUUCUUUGCGGUGAAAAAAUUGCUCGAUACUCGCUGAAAACUCCUGGAAGAUCCAGAAAAUUGGGCUUCACUUACACUAAAGAACAUUUUCUAACUUCAAUGUGGAGGAAAAUGGUCAGAAACUGGGCACAAGAUGGAAUAUUCUAACAUAAAAACCGCAUUAAAAUCUCUUUUUUGACAGCUUAAAUUCGUUUUAAAUAGAAUAAAGUUACAACUCAAAUUCGUAACUGUUACAAAAUCUAUAAAGUUGCAACGACUUUCUAGUCUGAAAUUUGCCCUGAACUUUCUGUCACUUAAUGGAAUGACUUAGAUAUAAUCUUGUGCAUUCAAUUGUACUUAAUAUUAAGCCAGAGACCAAUGAAUUUUCUGUGUAACUGAGUUGGAAAUGUUUAUAAAAUUGCAAAUUAAAAGCUCUCCAGAGUCUUUGCACUCGAAAUUUCCAUAAAUCAGAGUGAAGAGUUGAGAAUUCACAGAAGUAAUGACUCAUGAAUUAAUAUUCAUCUAACAUUGUAAUAA